AUGAGACAUAAUAUUUUCAGAAUGUCAGUAGAGCAAUGGGUUAGUGAUGAACUUCAUGCAAUUGUGGGUAUCAGUGACCGAACAAUUUGUCAAUACGUCCUCGCUCUUGCUCGAAGAAGUAAUAGCACAGAAGACUUUAUCGGCAAACUCAAAGACAAUGAUGCUCUCGAAAUCAAUGAUAGCGUUCGGCGAUUCGCCUCGCAGCUGAUGAAUAAGCUCCCGAAACCUGCUCCAAAAACAACAACGCGUAAAGGGCCUUCCGCUGCUGAACUCCGAGAGCGGGAACUAAUGCGGCUGAGCAACACUAUGACAGUGUUAGAGGAGGAGGACGAGCCAGUUCACACAAGGAAGUCCUCUCAUCAACGGAAGCGACGUGAGAGCAGUAGUGACGAUGAGACUCCACAAACAUCUAAAAAAGUGGAACCAAAGCAGGAGAAGAGGAAGGAAGCAUCCAGUGACUCCGACUUCGAAGCUAUCGAAGGAGAGCUUGAUCGUGAUAUUAAAGAAAGGGAUGAAUUGGCUGCCAGGAUACGGAAAAGAGAAAAGGAAAAGACUCGCAAUGUGCUUGAGCAGAAAAGGAAGAUUCCAGACAACAAGGACAAGGAGUCGUAUUCAGUCGAUAAGCUUCGAGAAGAGUCACGUCGGCAGUACCUAGCUAAAAGAAAGGACGACAAACUUGACGAAUUGCGGAAGAUUGUGCAUGAUGAUGAAAUUCUGUUCGCAAAUGAAGAUCUGACCGAACGUGAACGAAAGGAUAUGGAAUAUCGCAAGAAAGUAUUGGAGUAUGCGGAACAGCAUGAGAAAGCCGCUGACAUCAUGAAAACCAAACGAUAUUAUGUGCCUGACGCAAAAGUCAAGUCGAUUCCUACAGAAUAUGUUGAGGAAGCGGAAGAAGUUCGUCAUGGAGGUGACGGCGCCAAGUGGGAACAUGAGCAACUUUUGGCGAGUAUGCUGCAUUAUGGUGCGAAGGACGCGAAAUCUAAACAAGAAGAGUUCGAGUUGCUACUCGACGACAAGAUCGACUUUAUUCAAGCUCUCCAAAUGCCUGGUACUUUGGAUGAGAAGGAGGAGGAGAUAACCGCUGCCCAGAAGAGAAAGAUGACGAUAGAGGAAACGCGGAAGUCGCUGCCAGUGUAUGCAUUCCGUGAUCAGUUUAUUGAAGCUGUCAAGGAACACCAGGUACCGUCCAAGGAAAUGCAUUGUGUUAUGAUGAUUGAUGAAGCCCACGAAAGGACUUUGCACACAGACAUCCUUUUUGGUCUUGUUAAGGAUAUAGCACGGUUCAGAAAGGAUCUGAAACUCUUGAUCUCUUCGGCUACCCUUGAUGCGGAAAAGUUUUCAACGUUCUUCGACGAUGCUCCCAUUUUCCGAAUCCCUGGUAGAAGGUUUCCCGUUGACAUCUACUAUACACAAGCUCCAGAAGCCGACUACAUGGAUGCUGUUAUGGUUACGGUCAUGCAAAUCCAUCUCACUCAACCUUUGCCUGGCGACAUUCUUGUGUUUUUGACAGGUUCGGUGCCAUAA